AUGAGCUGCUUGGUAUUACCGCUAGUCAGUGUCGGGAACAUACCGCAAUUGAGUGUUGAUUGGCUACUGAAUUCGCAAUCGAACGAGUGGGAAUUCGUGGAGGCGUUAGAUUCUAAGUACCUAGUGGAAUUCGUAGGACCGCUAGAUAGACCCGAAGAUGGUGGUGACUCACUAUACAGAGGCACUGAUAUGAAGUACAGUAGCGCCUUAGAGUUAUUUCACAACAGAGAACGGAAUAUCUACGCCAUACAGCAACGAACACCGCUAGUAUCAGUGAACUACUUGAAUAAUUUCAUCGUAGAGGUUAUUCUGCCCCUCUUGAGCAAGUACAACGUACAGGAGAUAUGCAUCUGGGACUCUUUGAGUGCAAUGGAGGAUGAACAUGGCGUUAUUGUGCGCCCGCACGAGAUAUAUUCGCUGGGUGAGGUUCAAAUCGAUGAUGUGUCUGAUCUUUUGUCGACACUUCGUCUUAACGCCCAAGAGUCAAUGGUCAACAAUUGGUUACGGUUCACGCCAACGAGUUUCCAAGACAAGAUAUCCGUUGACCAGCAGAUCUACAAGAUCAUUUUCCACAUACUUAAUGCUUCACAAAGGCCUCAAACUUUCCGCAGCAUCAAAUACUGUAGCUGCUUAGCCAAUGAGGGUGACAACUCACUGGAUUCACAACAGUUUCUGCAAUGGAUCACUUCCCAAAAGGCCAUCGCAAGCCUAUCAACAAUAAGCAAGUUUGUUAGGCCGAUAUCGUGGCAAGGUGUUUACGGAGCGGCAGAUUCUAGGGAUAACUUUGUAGAUCUAUACAGCUAA